AUGAAGUUCUUCAUCGAUGAUAUGCCGGUGCUGUUCCCAUAUCCAAAAAUUUAUCCGGAGCAGUACCAAUACAUGUGUGAUAUUAAGAAGACGUUAGAUGCUGGAGGGAAUAGUAUAUUGGAAAUGCCUUCUGGUACAGGAAAAACUGUUUCUCUACUAUCAUUGACAGUUGCGUAUCAGAUGCACUAUCCUGAACACCGAAAGAUUAUUUAUUGUUCUCGUACCAUGUCUGAAAUCGAGAAAGCAUUGGUAGAACUAGAAUCGUUGAUGGAGUAUCGAGCUAAGGAAUUGGGAUAUGUUGAAGAUUUCCGCGGUUUGGGUCUUACAAGUAGAAAGAACCUAUGUCUUCACCCUCGAGUCAGCAAAGAAAGGAAAGGUAACGUAGUUGAUGAAAAAUGUAGAAGAAUGACAAAUGGUCAGGCAAGAAAGAAGAAAGAAGAACACCCAGAGUUGGAUAUAGAACUAUGUGACUACCACGAAAAUAUGUAUAACUAUGACGUUGCGGACUAUCUACCGUUGGGAGUGUACUCAUUUGAGAAGCUUAUUAGAAUCUGUGAGGAAAAGAGAAUGUGUCCAUACUUUACUGUUCGUCGUAUGAUUUCGAUGUGUAACAUCAUAAUUUACUCUUACCAUUAUCUAUUAGACCCAAAGAUUGCUGAGCGUGUCUCCAAAGAAGUUAGUAAAGAUGCAAUUGUUAUCUUUGAUGAGGCGCAUAACAUUGAUAACGUUUGCAUCGAGUCUCUUUCACUUGAUUUGACUAAAGAUUUGUUAAAGAAAGCAACAAAAGGUGCUAACUCUUUAGAUAGGAAGGUUGAAGAAAUGAAAAAAGUGGACUCUAAAAAAUUACAAGAUGAGUACGAUAAAUUGGUUCAGGGCCUCAGAGCAUCGGAUAUUCUAGAGCCAGAAGAAGAACCCUUAGUUGAGACCCCGGUUUUGUCAAAUGAUAUAUUAAAAGAAGCCAUUCCAGGUAAUAUAAGAAGGGCAACACAUUUUAUUUCAUUUUUGAAAAGAUUUAUUGAAUACCUCAAAACAAGAAUGAAGGUUUUGCAUGUCAUAUCGGAGACACCAAACUCUUUCCUCCUUCAUCUUAAACAGUUGACAUUCAUAGAAAAAAAACCAUUACGAUUCUGCUCAGAGAGAUUAUCUCUAUUGGUCCGGACUUUGGAAGUAGACGAAGUGGAAGAGUUUAACGCUCUCAAAGACAUAGCAACAUUUGCUACUUUGAUUUCAACAUAUGAAGAUGGGUUCCUUUUGAUUAUCGAACCAUAUGAAAUAGAAAAUGCUGCAGUUCCAAAUCCAAUUGUCAGAUUCACUUGUCUUGAUGCUUCAAUUGCAAUCAAGCCGAUCUUUGAGAGAUUCUCAUCCGUUAUUAUUACAUCAGGUACCAUUUCUCCGCUUGAUAUGUAUCCAAAAAUGUUAAAUUUUGACACGGUUCUGCAACAGUCAUAUUCUAUGACUUUGGCCAAAAAAUCGUUCUUACCAAUGAUUUUAACAAAAGGUUCUGAUCAAGUUGCAAUAUCAUCUAGAUUCGAAAUUAGAAACGAUCCUUCCAUUGUACGUAACUACGGUUCUAUGUUAUUAGAAUUUGCUAAGAUUACUCCAGAUGGGAUGGUUGUGUUUUUCCCCUCAUAUUUAUAUAUGGAAUCUAUUAUCACGAUGUGGCAAACAAUGGGUAUUCUUGACGAGGUAUGGAAAUACAAACUUUUAUUAGUUGAAACCCCAGACGCACAAGAAACUGCAUUGGCAUUAGAAACAUACCGUAAAGCAUGCUCUAAUGGGAGGGGAGCAAUUCUUUUGUCUGUUGCUCGUGGUAAAGUUUCAGAAGGUAUCGAUUUCGACCAUCAUUAUGGAAGAACAGUCCUUAUGAUUGGUAUCCCAUUUCAAUACACAGAAUCUAGAAUAUUGAAGGCAAGGUUAGAGUUUUUACGUGAGAAUUAUCAAAUAAGAGAAAAUGACUUCUUGUCAUUUGAUGCCAUGAGACACGCAGCUCAAUGUUUAGGUAGAGUUUUACGUGGUAAAGAUGAUUAUGGUGUAAUGGUCUUAGCUGACAGAAGGUUUGCUAGAAAGAAAAAUCAAUUACCAAAAUGGAUUUCUCAAGGUUUGUCUGAUGCUGAUAUGAAUUUGUCUACAGAUAUGGCAAUAGCAAACACGAAACAAUUCUUGAGAACUAUGGCACAACCCACCGACCCUAAAGAUCAAGAGGGUGUGUCGGUGUGGAGUUAUGCUCAGUUACUUGAACAUCAAGAAAACCAAAAAAAGAAGCAACAUAAUGGAUUUACUGAGCCCGAUGAGGAGGAGCAGAAAGACAAUGAUGGAGACAUCGAAAUGAAGGAUUAA